AUGACAUUCGCCGCGUUUUGCGGCGCGUUUCUGAUUGGCUUCGGACCGGCCAUUGCCGUGAUCGCCGUUACCGUGUCGCGACAGGCGUUCCUCUCCCUCGUUACUCUCACAAGCACCUUCUAUUGGCUCAUCACACUCCUCGCCAUUGCCUUCCUCUGUCACCCCUUCAUCGCCCUCACAGCUCUCUCCGACUUCUUCCUCCUCCUCCUCAUCCUCUCAGCCGUCGCUGGCCAAGAGCUAUCUAGACAGCUGCUCUGCCAGAUUCUCUUUCGCCUGGAGCGCGGUCUAAACGCCAUAGCCACUGCAAGACGCCUGCCCGCACUUUCCCCUCUCAACACCUUUCACCUCUCCCUCGCUACCGGUCUAGGCCAUGGCAUCGCCCACUCCCUCUUCCUCUUCCUCAGCGUCUCCUCACCCGCCAUCGGCCCAGCCACCUUCUACUCCUGGCGCUGCCCCCAGCUGCCCCUUGUUCUCCUAGCAGCCAUUGCCUCGGCAGCCUUUCUCAUAAUACAUUCCCUGGGAAUGGUGCUGGCUUAUGAAGCACACAGGGCGCAGCUUAUAAAGGGGACAGAAGGCGUGCAGUCUAGCAGAGCAGCAGAGGCAGUGCAAGAGAGGCAGCCUUUAAGGGGUACAGAAGCAGCAGCAGGGGCCACAGACGCAGCAGAUGAAGGGCAGUUCGGGCGGUUUGGGCAGUCUGGGCAGGUCGGGCAGGUCGGGCAGGUCGGGCAGGUUGGGCAGGUGUCAGAAUGGCGCUUCUCUCUUCCCUCCACCCCUCAAGAAAUGAAGGCUCCUGUGCUUCAUGCAACAGCAGCGGUGUUGAUGCUCAUUGGUCUUGUGCCGGGCGGCUGUGUGACGGCCCUAGUGCUGUCUUGGCUCGUGGCUGUAGCCUCGUUGGUUAUUGUGGCGCUGCUGGUUUACAGAAAAGGCACCAGUAGAGGGACUUACCUUACCUAA